AUGAAACUCGGCGAUUUAAAACAUCACGUCUUCAUUUAUUAUCUACACGACAAAGAACACAAGGAUUUCAGAGCGAUCUGUGCCGGGAGUAUUAUUGCUGAAGAUAGGGUUUUAACCUCUGCUCACUGCUUCUUCACUAAUAGGAAAAGAUAUAGGCGAAGUUUAAAGGAUGUGAGGGUUAUAGCAGGAAUAUUAACUACACAUGUCCAACAACCAAUUGCAGAUGAAAUACAACAAUGGCGAACAAUACGGCACAUUUAUACGCAGAAGUUCUUUCAUUUUCCAGCUUAUAAUCUUGCAGUGGUGGAGAUCAAUCAAUCGUGGAAUUUUAAUGAAUUUGUAAACAAAAUACCUUAUGCAUCUGUGAACCAAGAAUUAGAAGGAGCUUGCAUUCUUACAGCAGUGAAACAUUUAGAUGAUUGGUCAACUAACAAGAAUUUAUUUACUGAAGAAACAUGUUUGAUAAAACGGUGGACUUGCCAAUGCAUGUUGCUACAAAGCUGUAGACAAUAUUACUGUACACAAUAUGAUCCAAGCCGAAAAAUGUACACUGAAAUAGAAGGAGGUGGCCUGAUUUGCCACGGCACCGGGGAUCCUAAAGAAAAAGGAGAAGGCAUCGUUGUUGGUGUAACAUCGCUCAUCAAUGUUGGUCUGCCCAGUCUGCAUAACCGAGUUGGAUUAUAUCACAAGUGGAUCACCGAUAGGGGUUCUGGCUUAAGUUUAGAGAAAUUCAUGUUUCAUUUGUGUUUUGGUUUAAUAUUGGUUUCUAAUAAAGUGGUGUUCUACGCUUAG